AUGUUACUUUUAUCCAUAAUUCUACUUUUUAUAUGCAUUGGUCUCACGAUCUAUUUUCUUUUUCUACUGCGACAACGUUAUCAAUAUUUCAGUCAACGUGGAAUUCCUACACCACCAUUCCGUUUCUUCUUUGGUCAUCUUCAAACCUUGUGGAAUAGUGCAUCUUUUCAUCGUCAACUUGAAAGCUGGACAAAACAAUAUGGGAAGAUCUAUGGAAUUUAUCAAGGAACUGUUCCUACGUUUGUUGUUAGUGAUCCUGAUUUUCUUCAAGAAGUCUUCAUAAAACAAUUUCCCGUUUUUCAAGGACGCCACGAGAUUUCCGUGCGUAAGCCUAAUGAUGUCGCUUCUUCAUCUGGUGCAAAAUGGCGUCGACAUCGACAUAUAAUAAAUCCAACAUUCUCUGCAGCCAAACUAAAAAUGAUGAGUCCACUUAUCAAUGGAUGCAUUAGUAAUCUUAUGGAAAAAUUAGCUGAUCAUGCAACAAACAACAGUCAAUUCAAUAUCUAUGUAUACUAUAAGCGAAUGACAAUGGAUGUCAUAUGCCGAUGUGCAUUUGGACUCGAUACCGAUUUACAAAAUAAUCCAAAUAAUAUAUAUUUCAAGAAAGUGGAAGAGAUUUUUACUACUAACUUUAGGGCACAUAUUGUUUUCAAAUUUGCUCAACUUGCACCUGGAAUGAGAAAUAUUAUUGGAAAAAUCUUUCUUGGUAUGAACAAGGCGCGAGCGUUUAUUAAUAUACAUAUUUUACCUUUGAUAUCAACGAAACAGUUACAUGAAAUACCAGGUCCGUGGCUCGUCAGUCGUCUACACCCAAUUAUCGAGCAACGACAGCAGAUGCCUACUUCACGAGUCGAUGUUCUGCAACUAAUGUUACAAGCGAUAACUGAAGAGAAAAUUAAUGAUGACGUAUCGAACAACAGCAAGGCAAACUAUCGGCUAACUCGAGAAGAAAUUAUCAGCAACAUCCUUAUCUUCAUGGCAGCAGGAUAUGAAACAACAUCAACUGCUUUGGCCUGUGCAACAUACGAGCUAGCUAGACAUCCAGAAGUUCUUGAAAAACUUCAGAGUGAAAUCGAUCAGCUUCCAUUGGGUAACGAUGAGACAUCUGACGAAGAAGCAAAAACUUAUCCCGACUAUGAUAUAGUCGCUCAGAUGCCCUAUAUGGACAAGUUCGUUUCUGAGAUCUUGAGAAUGUAUCCCAUUGCAAAUGUAGCUAUUCAAAGAUGUGCCUCUGAAGAUACAAUCGUACAAGGAAUUAAAAUUGAAAAAGGUACGGUAGUGUAUGCUGAUGUAUAUUCAGUCCAUUACGAUCGUGAACUUUGGGGUCCUGAAGACCCUUAUGUAUUCUUUCCGGAACGUCAUGAUAUCAAACGACAUCCAAUGGCUUAUCUAGCGUUUGGAGCAGGACCACGGCAUUGUAUUGGCAUGCGCUUUGCAUUAAUCGAGAUGAAAAUUUUACUAGUACGACUACUUCGCGAGUAUUCAAUUCUACCCGGUGACCAUCUCGAAAGCAAAUUUAACAUUCGUGAACGAUCAGUCAUCGCACCAGAAGAAGUUUGGGUGAAACUAGUAAAAAGAACUGCUUGA